GGCAAUUUUAGAGCCGCGCGCCCGGCGGGAAUGUAAGAUGGCGGUGUGGUAACGCGAACCGGCUAGUACUGAGUGUCUGGGCCAACUUCAGUUCGGGUUUCUCCAGCAGCAGUAAUCGGUGGACGAAGAGUGUUAGGGUACUUGACCAAGAUGCCGAACAUCAAGAUCUUCAGCGGCAGCUCCCACCAGGAUUUGUCCCAGAAAAUUGCCGACCGCCUGGGCCUGGAGCUAGGCAAGGUGGUGACUAAGAAAUUCAGUAACCAGGAGACCUGUGUGGAAAUUGGUGAAAGUGUUCGGGGAGAGGAUGUCUACAUUGUUCAGAGUGGUUGUGGUGAAAUCAAUGAUAACCUCAUGGAGCUUUUGAUCAUGAUUAAUGCCUGCAAGAUCGCGUCAGCCAGCCGAGUUACUGCGGUCAUCCCGUGCUUCCCUUACGCAAGACAGGACAAGAAGGAUAAGAGCCGAGCUCCAAUAUCAGCCAAGCUUGUUGCAAAUAUGCUUUCUGUAGCAGGUGCAGACCAUAUUAUCACUAUGGACCUUCAUGCCUCCCAAAUUCAGGGCUUUUUUGAUAUCCCAGUGGACAAUCUCUAUGCAGAGCCAGCUGUCCUCAAGUGGAUACGAGAGAACAUCUCUGAGUGGAGAAACUGUACCAUUGUUUCACCAGAUGCUGGUGGAGCUAAGAGAGUGACCUCCAUCGCUGACCGGUUGAAUGUGGAUUUUGCUUUGAUUCACAAAGAACGGAAGAAGGCAAAUGAAGUGGACCGCAUGGUGCUGGUAGGCGAUGUGAAGGACCGGGUCGCCAUCCUGGUGGAUGACAUGGCUGACACUUGUGGCACAAUCUGUCAUGCAGCCGACAAACUUCUCUCAGCUGGAGCCACCAGAGUUUAUGCUAUCUUGACUCAUGGAAUCUUUUCGGGUCCAGCCAUUUCUCGCAUCAACAAUGCUUGUUUCGAAGCUGUAGUAGUCACCAACACCAUACCUCAAGAGGAUAAGAUGAAACAUUGCUCCAAAAUACAGGUGAUCGAUAUCUCCAUGAUCCUGGCAGAAGCCAUCAGGAGAACUCACAAUGGGGAGUCAGUUUCCUACCUGUUCAGCCAUGUCCCUUUAUAAUAGGAGAACUACCGGGGCUAUAAAAAAAUCCAGCAAGCCAGCCCCAUCCCCACACCACUCCCCCUCCCUAUCUGUCACCCUUCUUCCCCUUGGUACUCGAAGAUUGAGCAGAAGAACCAGCUUGCUCUAGUUUAGUUCACCCACUUUAGUGUCGCUCUUAACUGUAGGCAGAGGCAGAUUGAGAUGAAUAACUCAGAUUUCCCGCUGUAUCGUUUCCUUUCUUCUUGCUGCUUGAGUUCAAUAGGUCUUGCAGUUUUUACUCCUGUUCAGCUUUUGCUAGAUUUAGCAGCUGCAGGGUGUUGUGGAGGGCUGCUGGGGAUUGGAAAAGCUUAUCUGAUCUUUCACAAAUAUUUGCAUGACAAUAUUUCUGGGCUUCCAUGAUUCAGAUCUGCUAAUAAGAAAACCAACCCCAGCAUUGCUCCAAACACCACCCUCCCCGCUCCGCACUUCAGUCCUAAGUCUCUUAGGUUUUUAAAGUCUAUGUCAAAUAAUUGCUUAAGACCUGAUUGCCAAAUCCUUGUAUGCAGUGGUUCUCUACCUAGCUUGAGCAGUGCUCAGCUGGCACCCAAGGGGAGCCAGUGCACAGCACAACAAAGGCUUGAGAGGGAAAAAAGCCUAAUUAAUCACAAUCAGGUGAUUCAAUGACAAGGAUUCUUCUUUAUACUUAUCCUUACCUUUGGCCUCACUGAACUAGCUACAUCUUCCUGGCCAAAUGUCCUCAGAAACCCAGCUGAUCAUGUUAUCACAGUCUUCCAAAACAACUGAAUUCCUCUAGGUAUUCUAUACCACUUCCGUGAGAUUACUGUAGCGUACUCUUCCAUAGCCUGCUACCCCUGGGGUAUAGGUUAUAGGUGGUGGCGUAGUGCCUUUUAAUUUAACUAUUUAAUUUUUGUCUUCCUUGGACCUAUUUGGCCUUUCAUAAACUGUAAAAAAAAGAUUUGACUCUUUAGAAGAAAUCAAUAAAAACAAAUGGUGAUCUGUC